CGGGGAAAGAAGCCGAAGGAGGAUCCGGGAGCCUGCGGAAACAAAAAGGGUCAGGCCUGGGACUUGGCGAAAAGGGGGGUCUGAUAGAAGAAGGAUUAUCAGCUUUUAGACCUCUGAUUUUAUUUUUACUUUCUUUUUAUAUAUAUUUUUAAUCAUUAUUGAAGUAACUUUGUCAUUCUUCAUGACAAUGCCGUCCAACUCCGUCACCAGCACUGCCAACGCAACCAUCUUCAAAAGCUCAGAGUACACAUGUGACCCAGCCGGCAAUAGAAUGAGCGACAACAGCAGGAUGGACAAGCAGUUUGUCACCAUGGAGACGCCAGCCCACAGCAGCCCGGCUGCAAAAGUCGGGCGGCCAGGCCGGAAGCGGAAGCCAUUUCCGCGGAUGGACGGGUCAGCAGUAGGCGUGGUGCGGAGUCACCGAGAACCCGAGAGCCUUCCUCAGGUGCGCAAUGGCGACCUGGGUCACCAUGACAACAGAACAGUGGCCAAGGUGUGCCAGCUGAAGCAGGAGCCGAAAGUUCCGGAGAACGGGCUGUUUGGGAGUGCAGCGAGCAGCAGCCCAAGCCCCAGUCCGAGUCUGAGCCUCUCCCAGGAGAACGGCGUGGCGGCCAGCCGAGACGAGCAGGAGAACCCCGAGAAGGACAAGGAGGAGGGGCUGGGGCCCCCACGCAGGAAACGAGGCCGCAGGAAACUGGAGCGGCCCACCAAAUAUGUGGAACAAAAGGAGGAGGAUGGUGGAGACUCCGGAAAGAGUGAGCAGGGCGCUCGCGGGCGUCUGCGGGGGGGUGUGGGCUGGGAGAUCAGCCUUCGGCAGCGGCCCAUGCCCAGGGUUACCUUCCAGGCCGGGGACCCCUAUUACAUUAGCAAGAGGACCAGAGAGGAGUGGCUCAACAAGUGGAAGAUGGAGAGAGGGCUCUGUUUCGGUUUCUCUGGUAUGUACACAGCAAAGGUUCAGAAGGCAGAGAAAAAGGCCAAACUAGUUUCUGUGAUGAGCAGCUUGGAGGCUCACAGAGACAUGGCCGACGAAGCACAGGUGGAGGACGAGCUGCUCCUCAGGAGUCCCCUGCCCCUCCAGAGCCAGCCUCAUCCUCCGCCCCAGCCCCAGCCUCCCCAGUCCCAGCCUAAGCCUCAGAUGAAGCCUCAGCACCAGGCGUAUCCCCUGGCCAAGCCUCCGACGCAGCCCAGACCCCCCACUCACCAGACACAGCCUAAGCCGCCUCAGCAUCAGCCUCAGCCGCCUCAGCAGCAGCCCCAGAGCCAACCCAACCCACAGCCUCAAACACAGCCCAAGCCCCAGCUGCUGUCCCAGUUGCCCCAGCAGAAGCAGCCCCAGCAGAAGCAGCCCCAGCAGCAGCCCCAGCAGCAGCAGCCCACUGACCCGGCCUCCCCCACCGUGGCCACCACGCCCGAGCCCGUGCCCAUCGGAGAUGGGGACAAGACCUCGCCCAAGGCCGCAGACAUGGAGCCAGAGUAUGAAGAUGGCCGUGGCUUCGGCAUCGGUGAGCUGGUAUGGGGGAAACUGCGCGGCUUCUCCUGGUGGCCUGGUCGGAUCGUGUCCUGGUGGAUGACCGGCCGCAGUCGUGCCGCUGAGGGCACGCGCUGGGUCAUGUGGUUCGGUGACGGCAAAUUUUCUGUGGUAUGUGUGGAGAAGCUGUUGCCUUUGAGUUCCUUCUGCAAUGCCUUUCACCAGCCGACCUACAACAAGCAGCCGAUGUACAAGAAAGCCAUCUACGAGGUGCUGCAGGCAGCGAGUCAGCGGGCGGGGAAGGUGUUCAUGGGCUGCCCUCAGAGUGACGACACGGACACGUCCAAGUCGGUGGAGCUCCAGAACAAGCAGAUGAUCGAGUGGGCCAUGACCGGCUUCCAACCCAGUGGGCCCAAAGGCCUGGAGCCGCCAGAAGAGGAGCGUAAUCCAUAUAAAGAGGUGUAUCCCGAAAUGUGGGUGGAACCCGAAGCCGCCUACACGCCUCCUCCAGCUAAGAGGCCCCGCAAGAGCACAGCGGCCGAAAAGACCAAAGUCAAAGAGAUCAUCGACGAGAGGACGCGAGAGAGACUGGUGUUUGAAGUACGGCAGAAAACCAGAAACAUAGAAGAUAUUUGCAUUUCGUGCGGCACCCUGGACGUCUCCCUGGAACACCCGCUCUUCGGUGGAGGGAUGUGUCAGAGCUGCAAGAACUGCUUCCUGGAGUGCGCGUAUCAGUACGACGAUGACGGUUACCAGUCUUACUGCACCAUCUGUUGUGGAGGUCGGGAAGUGCUCAUGUGCGGCAACAACAACUGCUGCAGGUGUUUCUGCGUGGAAUGUGUGGACCUGCUGGUCGGACCAGGCGCGGCCCAGGCAGCUAUAAAAGAGGACCCCUGGAACUGCUACAUGUGCGGCCGCACGGGGCUCUACGGGCUCCUAGUGCGCCGGGGUGACUGGCCCAGCCGUCUGCAGCACUUCUUCGCCAACAACCACGACCAAGACUUUGAGCCGCCUAAGUUGUAUCCUCCGGUCGUGGCUGAGAAAAGGCAGCCCAUCCGUGUGCUCUCCCUGUUUGAUGGCAUUGCUACAGGGCUGCUGGUGCUGAAGGAGCUGGGCAUCCAGGUGGAGCGCUACGUGGCGUCGGAAGUGUGCGAGGACUCCAUCACCGUGGGUCUGGUGAGGCACCAAGGACGCAUCAUGUACGUGGGCGAUAUCCGCAACGUCACGCGCAAACACAUCCACGAGUGGGGCCCGUUUGACCUGGUCAUCGGUGGAAGCCCCUGUAACGACCUGUCCAUCGUAAACCCCGCCAGGAAGGGGCUCUUUGAGGGCACGGGUCGUCUGUUCUUCGAGUUCUACCGCCUGCUGCACGAGGCUCGGCCCAAGGAGGGUGAUCACCGCCCUUUCUUCUGGCUCUUUGAGAAUGUGGUGGCCAUGGGUGUCAGCGACAAGAGGGACAUUUCUCGCUUCCUGGAGUGCAACCCUGUGAUGAUCGAUGCCAAGGAGGUGUCUGCGGCCCACCGUGCCCGCUACUUCUGGGGAAACCUGCCUGGCAUGAACAGGUUGGUCAGAGAAGAACCUCUGACAGCUAUGUGCACAGACAGACUAGACCUGCAGGAUUGUCUGGAGCAUGGCAGGACAGCUAAGUUUGACAAAGUGAGGACCAUCACCACCAGAUCCAACUCUAUCAAGCAGGGCAAAGAUCAGCACUUCCCUGUCUUCAUGAACGAGAAGGAGGACAUCCUCUGGUGCACUGAGAUGGAGAGGAUCUUCGGAUUCCCUGUCCAUUACACUGAUGUGUCCAACAUGAGCCGACUAGCCAGGCAAAGGCUUCUGGGAAGGUCAUGGAGCGUCCCCGUGAUCCGCCACCUAUUUGCACCACUCAAAGAAUACUUUGCCUGUGUUUAACUUCCUUUAAACACACGCUGCAAUGAUAUAUAGAAAUAUCUAAAAAAAACUACAAAAACUACAAAAAAAAGCUCAAUCACAAGAAAACUGACGUCUGACGAAUUAACAAGAGCCUUGAAACUGUACUCUUGUAUUAUUUACAAGUCAACCAUCAAAACGUAGAUAUUUCAUGUUUUUUUUUCCUGUUUUAAAAAAAUGAUUCUUUUUUAUUCUAUUUAAUGUUUUUAUAUUCAUUUUGACUUUUUAGCAGUGUUAUCCAGUGUUUGAACUGAUCUAUGUGUGCAAGCUAUACACAAGGCAAAGUACUCUUCUCCAGACACUGAGUCCAAGUGAGGAAGUUAAGAGACUCAUUGACGUUGCUAGAGAACAUCUUAACUCACCCAUACCUACAUGGUCGGCAAACACUCAAAGUUUUCUGAGACCUCCAUCACUGACGUGUGUCCUCAGUGUCUGGAGAGUACUUGCCUUCAUGAAUCCAAAACACCAGAUCUCAUAUACCUCUUUGUUUACAGUUUCUAUACACAACUGAAAGUAAUAAAGGUACUACUGUAAUAAGGUGACAAAAUGGUGCUCCGCGGAGGAACAAAACACCUCAACCCAUGCGCCGUCUGUAGGACAGGCCUGCUGGAACGCCUCACUAAAGGCACAAGGCUCGCGGAAACAUGAACGAGACCAAUAUGCCAUAGCUCACUUUAGCCUCAAAGGCCUGUUUUUUUACUACUUACAACCUCUUUUACUGUUACGCAACACUACAAAACUGGUGCUUUUUUUACUGAACCUGCAAGUCUUCGGUUGCCAUGGCCACUGGUCUGGGAUUGGCCGCAUGGGUUGAGCUGUUUGUUCUCUGCCCUCUUUCCUUGAGAUGGACGUCUGAGAGGACGUGCGUCUCUUUUCCUGGCGUCCCUCAGACCAUCGUCGUUACUGUACACUUGCAGCAGGUGUGGCGGCAGCAGGAGAGGGGUGUGUGUGUGUGUGUGUGGGCGGGUGUGUGUACAUGCACGUGUGUGAUGUGUGUGUGGCAGGUGAACCCCCACCACCCACUCCCUCUCCACAAGCUAAACUCAAGUCAGGUGCAAACUUCAGCAUAUAUGGUGCGGCUUCAUGUGGUUCUUCUACCUUUUAUAGCAACUUUUGUGCUUUAUUACCAACUAUAUUGAGCACUUUUAUACGUAUCUUUCUGUUGUUUCUCUGGUAUUUUUAAGAUUUCUUUUCCUCUUGAUUCAUGUGAAUGUUUUUUUGGUUCUCGUUUUUUUGUUCUAUGAUGUGAAACUAGUAAUCUGAUGUAUGAUGUUUCUGGUGACCAGUAGGGCUGUGCCAGUCGAUGUGAAAGAGUGAUCUUUAUUUUUUACCUUUUUUUGUUGUUUUGCUCGGAAAUGUAGAAGUAAAUCUGUUCUCAUAGGCAGCAGGAGGAUUUUAACACAGAAUGUUCUAGGUCCCUCGACCUACCACACUGUGGUGAUGUUGAGCUGGGGACCUCUGAACCCGCUCCCCUCCCAAGUCCCAGCACAGGCAGGCACCUCUUUCUUCCCUUGUCUCCCGAGACCCCCUGGUUGUGUCCAGGUAGUUUACUUACUGUCACUUUAACUCAAAUAUGAACUCAAAUGAUUGUAAUCUGGAUUGUAAUUUCUUUUGUUUUGUUUUUUUUUCUUUUCUUUCUAUAGUAGGAUUUGAAGAUGCAGGGUUUUGUCCCAAAAAAAAGAAAGAUUGUUGUUGAGACAUUUCACCUGCUUUGUAAUUAUUCUUGCUGAGUUAUAGGAAAUGAUGGCGCUUGUAUGAGGCAGCAGAAUUCUGAUCAUGUGUUUGAGAAAAUGUUUCCCCCAAGUUGUGGCUGUCUCAGGAACAGAACCGGUCCUUAAUCAAGAACCAGAUUAGGGACAGAAUUGCUCCUGGGUCAGUUGAUAUGUGGGAUUCCACAGCACUGAAUAGAGUUGUUCAUUCAGACCAGUAGAAUUUUAGAAUUUGAAUGCAGAGUCCCCCUUUUCUUGUUCAGAUUCAACCACAAAGCCCAGAUGUCGUGCUUGUCUUGGGUUUUUUGUACAUUUUGUACAUAACCUCUUCCUGUCGCUGUUUGGAUUUCCUUGGAAAUAGCCUAUGAGAUGUACAAAUAUAAUUCUUUGCUAAUAUAUAUCAAGGAAUUAUGAAUACUCAGAUCUAAAAAAAAAAAAGAAACCUGAUGAAAUUGUUUGGAUAUUAUUGACAAAAUGUUGAGCAGCAUAAGCUAUGAAGCCUUUUGGAGGGGACAAUAUGACGCCCUUUUAAAAAAUAAAAAAUAUUUAUGAAUUUAUUUUUUAAUUCUCACGCAGGGAGAGGAUGCGUUUGUGAAGUGAUGAGGACAAUUAGAACAGUCUCAUCUGGACCGCACAGCCCUACAUCGCCUCAGCCAGUUUCUCUCUCUCGUUCUCUCUCUCCCUCUGUCUUUACUGCAUUCAGUUUGUUUCUUUGGCUUUUCUUUUUUCUAUUGUACUAAAAAGAGGGAUUGUAGGUGUUUCCUAAGGUGCUAAACAUUUUAUCAAAUUGAGGAUAAAAAAUAUAUUGUUUGGAAGAGAAAAUAAACCUUGUCUGACUGUUUUUAAGUUCCUUGUAGUCUGGGUUUAAGCGCUGUGGCUUAGCUCACUCCUCUGAUGAGUAUGUUAACAAAGGCAUUUAACUUUGUACUUGAAUGAUAAAUAAUGGAACAGGUUCUUAUAUUGUCUUAGAGUAGACAUGGCUGUAGUUGGUGCUUAUCUGUGGGGUAUAAUCAUGCGUUCAUAUUGGGAAGUAAGAAAAGAGAAAAAAAAGAUUUUUGUAAUCAUGUUUACUGUUCACUUAUGUAUCUGCUUAGUGCCCAGUGGCAUCGCUUCUUAAUCUCCCAUUCCAGGCAGCCCCCUCCCAACCCCCCAUGUUGGAUUUGAUUUAUAUAUAAAUAUAUAUAUAACUCUGUCUUUUGUUAUCAACAACUUUUAUAUUUAUUUGGCUACAACUCUUGGAGACGGCUCGGAUUCUUUAUAUAUCGCGGUGUCUCUGUUUUAUCCCUUUUUGUGAUUAUUUCUUCAUGUAUCAUACCUGUUUCCGGCAUCUCGCUGCCCUCUCGAAUCUCCGCGCAUACAGCAGAUGUAGCAGUCAUUCUCUCCCUCUUUCUCUCUCUCUCCUUGCUCUGCGGCCAGAGAGAGGGGGGAGGGAGCCUUAUGUCCCUGUGCUGGAGAACACUUGAAUAAAUGUUUUGUUUUUGUGCAAAA